GCUGUUUCUUUGCAGCAGAUCCCUCUCUGGAUUUCCAGUUUUCUUGUCAUGCCGCCUUUUCUCUUUUUCUCCAUGCGCUUCAGGGGGGUUCGCUUGCUAUUCUUGCUUUGACUCAGUCAGGAGUGAUAUCUGAACUUCAUUGCCUUUGACUGUUACUUUUUCACGCCUAGAAGUAUUCGUGGUUUGGGUGCGCUCAUUCGACUCUCCCGUGUCCCCGCUCACAACCUCAAGGCUCAGUUCUUCCGCACCGCUAGACCUCCAGGUGAGGGAAUUUAGCAUUCGACUGUUACCUAAACUCAGGCGAUAUCGGUCUCGCUUGGGGUUGUCUGUACAGCAGCUAUUGCUAGUGCGCUGACCACAAAUCAAAUCUUCCCUCUCACAACCAUAGGCACACCAAAUGGCCGGUCAAUCGAAACCCGCGCUCUCACCAUGGGGCAGUGCUGUUGCAGGUGCAACUGGUGCCGUGCUCGCAAACGCCCUGGUCUACCCACUCGAUCUGGUGAAAACUAAACUCCAAGUACAAGUGAAACAAGCGGAUGAGGCGAAGCAUGAAGGACCCAACGAGGCAGUACACUACAAUUCGACCCUCGAUGCCAUCAACAAGAUCAUGGAGAAAGAGGGCAUUGAAGGCUUAUACUCCGGAAUUGCGGGUGCUUUAAUCGGUGUCGCAUCCACCAACUUCGCUUAUUUUUACUGGUACACCAUUGUACGAUCGCUCUAUAUGGCAUCCAACAAAGUACCUAAGCCCCCUGGUACUGCUAUUGAGCUCUCUCUCGGUGCCGUUGCCGGCGCGGUUGCCCAAGUCUUCACCAUCCCUGUAUCGGUCAUCACUACGAGACAGCAAACGCAGGAUAAAAGUGAGCGUAAAGGUUUGGUUGAGACGGGCAGGGAGAUUGUCAACAGCGAGGAUGGCUGGUCUGGACUAUGGCGUGGACUCAAGGCCAGUCUGAUACUCGUCGUUAAUCCUGCGAUCACCUACGGAGCGUAUCAGCGCUUGAAGGAUGUACUUUUCCCGGGAAAAACCAACCUGAAGCCUUGGGAGGCGUUCCUUCUUGGUGCUCUUUCUAAGUCUUUGGCCACAAUUGCGACGCAGCCGUUGAUCGUGGCCAAGGUCGGCCUUCAGUCGCGCCCACCUCCCGGCCGGGAAGGCAAGCCUUUUAAGACCUUCAGUGAAGUCAUGCGCUACAUCAUCAAGAAUGAGGGAGCGCUGUCUCUCUUCAAGGGUAUUGGACCUCAGAUUACGAAGGGACUCCUCGUGCAAGGUCUGCUGAUGAUGACGAAAGAACGUGUCGAACUCGUAUUCGUUCUUCUCUUCGCCUAUUUGCGCAAACUCCGAGCGCAGAAGCUCAAAAAGGUGGUGGACUCCGCGGCAUCCACAGCUAAGACCAGUCUGCCGGUUACCCUGAAAUAGUGUCCUUUCCUCUUCUCGUCCUCUAUAUACACAUCUUUGCCCCUCAGUUUAUGUUCCUGCGGGUAGACAGUCCCUUGCGUCUGCCUUCUACUGAUUAUCGAGUCUACGACUGAGAACCUCUCUUCCCAGUGCUUUGUGAGAUUGAUAACGAGCACGCCGGCUAUGACUGCAGAUAAGAUCCCGGAUGGCAUUGCACAGCAUGAAUCAUGAUGCUUCUACUGGACCUUUAUAGAACCAGCACGAUAUACAACUAACCAAUUACUGUAUGCUAGCUAUCAGAGUCAACUAAAGCCAGAUUAGUCCUGU